GAAAGUCAAAUUGAAGAGAGUGUCCGCAUGGAAGGAGACAUCGUUGGUCUUGCGUCUGUUGUUCUAGAGAGCAGAGAUGGAACAACAGGCGCUAAGAGAUUAGCUGUGAAGCUACGUCGCCAAAGUCAAACGGGGUCUCGUCAGGAGGCACCUGAUUUGAUAUCAGAAUCACCAAUUAAAGCAGCAAGAUCAAAACCUCUAGGGCAAGCUCGCUCUGCAUCAGAGCAAUCGACCUCUCCUUCAUCGAGCUCUAAACUCUCUCUGUCUCGAGAAUCUCCCAUUUGUCAGACGUCAGCAACUUCAACUGCAAGUCGUAAAAAGCCAAAAAUACCAGCAUCACAACCGACUCCGCCGAAGCCUCAGACAAUCAAACUAAAACAAUCAGAAGACAGUAGAGCAGUUGAGGCUAAACUGUCUUCUGCCAGGGACUGCAAGGAGACAGAGCAACAAACUGUAGCAGAGAGUGACACUGACAAAGAUCAAGAAGGCACUUUGCCUCAUUUGGAGAGACAGAGCAACCAAAUCUUGGCAAGUGACAUGCACGUUUAGUCAGAACGUAUAACUAGCUAGAUUGAUAAAAUUUGGUUGGCAUAGAUACCGCCCGAAGCUCAUUAUUGCUUAAACAUGGGAAAUUGUAUGUACGGAAAUAGUCAGUUUGAGAAAGCUGCUUCGUUCUACAAAGAGGCACUCUAUGUAUUUCGUAAUCUUACUGGCCUGUCUGAGAUGAACACGGUUUUUGAAUUGGACUUAAUGAUGUGUAUCGUUCGUUGCUAUAACAUUAUGAAACAGCAGGAUGAGGUCAUCAAAUAUGCGUCAUUAGUGAUUGAAAAGGGGCAUGGCGACCAGUACGUUCAAGAGUGCCUACACUAUCGCGGUGUAGCGUAUGAAAUGAAAGGUGACAACCGUGACGCGUACCGAGACG